AUGCGCGGCGGGCGGCGUCCCUAGCACGAAGUCGCAGUCGGGCAGGGCUCUGUUAUGCUGUACCCGUGGCCCGGCCCUCUCUUGGAAGGGAACCGCCGCCUUCGCCUCUCCCCUCCCCUCUCCAGUCCCACUUGAGCGCGCUCGGCGGGCGCCCCCUUCGUCGCGCGGGAGGGACAGGAAAAGAGGCAGAGCCUCCCUGGGCCCGGAGGAGGGUGGAGGAAGGAGGAGGAGGGCUGCAUCCGAAGAAGAGCGCCCCACGAUGGGAGAGGGAGUCGCCCCGGCGGCGGGUAGGUGCUCAGCUACUGUCCCGUCCGCCUCAGGCGCUGUCGGCCAACUGCUCGUUAUUAAUUGCGCUCAACAACUUAGCAAAGUGGCGCCGAAGAGGCAGCUUUUCCCUCCCUCCCCCCCCACGCCCAAGCCUCGUCCGCGGUCUGAAUCCAUGCUGCGUUUUACUUUGGUGGGACAGGAGGCGGGGAGGAGGGAGCGGCCGGGGCCGAAACAAGAGGCACCUCAAUAAUUCCCAACGCCUUCCGCGGCGCUCGGGCGCCUCGGCUGUCCCCAGCAGCUUCUGCGUCCGCUGGGCUAGCGGGUGACAGCCGAGGCUCAGGGAGGGAGCGGGAGCCGCUUUUCACGCCUGGGGAGCGCCGUCGAUUUGCCCCUCGGUCAGGGCCGGCUGCAGGUUUUGGUGGGCCCUCGGGCACAGGUGCCCAUGGGGCACGGUGGUUGCAGCUCGUUUCUUGUUGCGCCCUUUCUCCGCUCUCUUUCUUCCUUUCUCUCUCCCUCUCCUCCCGCCCAUCGCAGCUCCCUUCCUGCCUUUCCCCUACCUCCUUUACACUCUCUGCCUUUGGGUCUCCUCUUGACACAAUCCUGCGAUUGCUCCGACACACACGCACACUCUGCAGCUCCGUUUCACACACCAACACCCGCUGUCUUUUCUCUCUUUGCACCAGGUCUCCCUUUUGCCCACCUAUAUAUCGCAAGGACUCUGAGCAAGUUCUCAUUGGGGGGACGGCUGGAGGAGAGCUGCAACUUUUUCGUGCUCCUUAUUACUAUCUCCCUUGGUGCAGAUGAGGCAGAAGUGUUGUUUUGCUUUUCCUAGGCGUCUCUCCCAGCUUGCAGAAUUCUCUGAAACAAAGUCCCCAUUUUCCCUUGACAGAGCCGCUUUGAGGCCACAGAGAAUAUUUUCUGAGAGUAUUGGGAUUUUUGGAGCUGGAUGGAGCCGUUGCUCAGCUCCUUGCAGGCAUCUCAACUUAGGACAUGUAUGAUCACCCUAGAGGCUCUGAUGAUAUCAUAGGAGCCUCUGGAACAGUCACCCAUUUCGCUGCUUCAGAGAUGCCAAGAAGGAGCUGAGCAACAACACCCUUGUGAUUGAAGAAGCCCUCAGGGCUCAAAAUAAAUGUGCUACAUUACUUCUUCCUACACUCCACCCAACAAGAAAUAGACCUUUAACCAAGAAGUCCCUGUGAAUGCUGCUGGAGCUUCUGGGGCAGCCUCAUUUCUUGAUUUGAAGCUGCUGGGAGGAGUCAGAUGUUUGCUGCUGCCAUGCAACUCUCCCAUUGAGAAGUGGGAAACUGGCCCAGCAUCUCAGGUUAGCAAUGGGUCCUCUGCCACGUUGUGGGCCUUUGGCAGGUGCCCCACCUUGCCCAUUAUUAUUAUUAUUAUUUGGUUUGAAGCUUGGCUACCAAAUAGUGGUAUUCAGGAUAAUCCAAAAUACGAUGAUGAGUCAUAGUGAAUACAAAUAAUCUGGGACUGCCAGCAGGCCUGCUAGGCAGCAGAAGCAAAAGCAGCCUGACAGCAGUGGCACAAUAAUCAACAGCCUGUUAAGUCUUGUCAUGGCAGUGGGUGGCGGUGGCAGAAGUGACGGCAGCUUGCAAGGCCUUGUCGUGGCGGUGGCAGUAGUGGCCUGCAAGGCCUUGCGCUGGUGGCAGGAGACAGAAGCAAAGAUAUCCUGCAAGGCCUUGCUGAGGCAGGCUGCCACAGCUUCUGCCACUGCCUCCAAUUACUGCCGGGAGGAAUUGCAGGCCUCAGCUACUUAUUGCCACCACGGUGAGGCCUCACAAGCCCCACUGCUUGUGUCGCCACAAGGCCUUGCAGGCUGCCACUAAUAUUGCUGGAAUUUCCUGCCACUGCCGCAAGGCCUCGCAGGAUGCGACUGCUGCCGUCACCUCCUGUCACUGCCGUGAGUCCCUGCAGGCGUUUGCCGCGAGGACUUGCAGGCCACCGCCGCUUCUGCUGUCAGAUCCUGUCGCCACUGCGAGGCCUUGCAGGAGAACACUGUAGAUUUGUCUACAGCAUGUGCAUUGUAUUUUAUAGAAGCAAGGAGAUACAAAGAUAAAUAGGCAACAGGUAUAGUAAGACAGAGACUGGUGUCUGAGUUCAGGUGAGGAAGAACAGGUCAUGUGUUUUGAGCCUGGAAAGAAGUGCUUGAGUAAGACUUGGGAAAUUAGGUACUGUGUCACAGAUUGUAAAGAAGCAAAAGGCAUCAGUAUUCAUAGACCACAUGUGUUUUAAAAUUGAGCUGCUAGAAUCUCUGGGAUUCCUUGGAAACUUAAUAAGAAUGCAUUUGUGCUCAGGUUCUGCUUGUGAACUUUCCAUGGGCACCUUUGCUAGGCUUUGCCCAGGACCGUUGGCUUGGUCUUCCGAUGUUCCUUGAUCAGCAAAUGUAAAAUACUUUGUCCUCUUAUGAGUCCUGCAACAUGUAGCUACAGGGACAUUUAGGUAAAUAUUCCAAAUAUUCCACAGGCUUGGCCAGUGUUCAAUGCAAACUGGUCAUGAACAGUCACAGAGUCAUAGAAUCAUAGAGUUGGGAGAGACCCCAAGGGUUAUCUAGUCCAGCCCUCAAGAACUACAAUAUCUAGGAGUAGUCCUGGUUCAGCUCCUUCUAACUUUUUUAGUUGGUAGUAGGAAAAGGAAAACCAAUUCACAUAUCCACAAAAGUACAGCUGCAUUCCUGCUUAUAGCCAUAGAACAAGACAUUUUUAAAAGGAAUAUUCAGACUGCUAGUUUUCAUGUGAUUCUCCUUCCUUAUAGGAGAGAAUGCUAGUAUUUAUUUUCAUAUUUCCAGAUUACUUCACCAGAGUGUCUAAAAUGCAAGAGUCAACACUAUGAACUAAGUAAGAAAAAUUUGAUGCCUCAACACAAAUAGAUUCCUAAUCUGGUAUCUUCAUUUAUAGAUUUAGAAGCACACCCCCCCACUUCUGCUUCCUGUUAUUCUUAUUUCCCUAGAAAAAUGUGUAGCAAAAGAAAAAAAAUAGAUAAUGGUGAUCCUUGCCUAUAUUAAUAGUUAUUUUGAGGGAUGGAGAUGUAUUUAUAUAUAACCUAUGUUGCCAUGUGAAUAUAAAUUCUAAUUUACCUGUGGAAUACAAUAUUGUAACACUCUUGUGUUUCCUUCUCAAUUUUCUUUCCUUUGGCUUCCUCUAUGGUUCAUAUUUACCUUGGCAGAAAGAGUUGUGAACAUGUUGAGCACUGGAAAAGAACAAGCAGAGGAUGCAUCAUGAUCUCCAGACUCAUUGUCACAAAAAUCUGGUGUGUGUGCAGCCUUCCUGCCUAUAAGGUACUUUCCUGGCCCUCAACAUGCCUCCUUGCCAUAUUUGGUGUGGGAGCUGGACAUGGGGCAGAGGAACUAGGGCAUUGAAAGUACUGCAAGGAGGUAUGCUGAUCGGCAGGAAAGUGGAGAAUGUAUGUUUUGCUGGUGGUCAUUAAACAGUAAUGAGAGGGAGUAAAGGCAGUAGAGGUAGAUGAAGUGGAAUGAAAGGAGGAAGACAGAACAAACAUACAUCCAUUGCUGAUGCUGCCAACUGAUUAUUGGCAACUACUGGCAAUGGAAUAUGAGAGCACAUGAUGCAGCCACCUUGCUAAGCAAGAUUUGGGCUGGUCAGUGUCUAGAUUGAGAGACCAUGAGAACUGCUUCGAGCUCCAUGAUGGAGGAGAGGCAAGACAGAAGUGCACUAAGUAAAUAAAUAAUUAAAUAUACACACAUGAGCAGGAGGAGGCCAUAAUCAAUCCGUCCCCAGGCAGUAGACUCAGAGAACUGUAGAAUUGGAUGGAACCAUGAGGGUCAUGUAGUCCAACCCCCCGGCAAUGCAGAAAUCAUUGCAGUGCUCUUGGUCUGUUAGGGGAAAAAGCAAAUAGGGAUAAUAACAUUAUGACUUUGUCUAACCAAAAACCGCAAAGCAUUGAGCAGGCUCUAGAGUUUCACAGAGCGCUUCCUCGUGCUAGAUGUUAAACAAUAAAUAAUAAAAAGGGUAGGACGAGAUUUAAAAAUGUUACUAAUAAAUAGCCUGAUAUUAGUUCAAUCUGCAGGUUUGUCACAGUCUUAAAAUGAUGAUUCAGGAAACACUUUGGAGACUAAGGCUACUAUACAGAAGUAUCUGUGUCAAAGGAAGUAAUAGUACCACUUUAUUCUGCUUUGGUCAGACCACACCUGUGUAUGCUGCAUGACUUAUCAUGCACCCCCUAGACAAGCCUACCAGCCUCAGAGGCAGUGGAGGAUGCUAUUGCAUUGCCAGUUUUAAAAGUCUAAUUCUGCUAGUAGUCCAGUCAGCUUCUGUUAAUGGAAUGGGAGGAUGACCACUUUUUGCCCUGGGCAGAAAAUUUCUUAGGCCAACCGUAAUAAGCAUGAAUAAAAUUAUACACUAUUGCAAUAAUAUAUGUAUAAAAGAUAAAGUAGCAGGUGAAGUCCGAUGGCAAGUUUCACAUUAUUUUUACAAUUUGUCAUUGCAGGUAUCUUCCACAUUAA